AUGUCGAUCCAUUUACGAGAAGGAUUUGCAAACGAGACCCUGGAACGGGUUCUUGAGGACUUGGCAGUGCGGUUUGUGGUGAAUUGCCCGGCUGAGGACCUCUCGAGUAGCGAGCGAGUGCUAUUCCAGAUAGAGGAGGCACACUGGUUCUAUGAGGACUUCAUCAGGCCCCUAAACAUGCUUUUUCCGGCAAUGAAGAUGAACCAGUUCACAUCCAAGAUCCUCCAGAGGUGCCCCAUGGUGUGGAGGUGGGAGGAAACAUCGAAGCAGGCGUUGGCGAAGUUCGGAAAGUACAAAAGUAUAAUUCCGGUGAGGGGAUGCGCACUUUUAAAUGCCGACAGAAGCAAGUUGUUGCUCGUUCAAGGCACGGAAUCAUCGUCGUGGAGCUUCCCGCGCGGCAAAAUCAGCAAGGACGAGUCGGAUGUCGAGUGUGCGGUGCGGGAGAUGUACGAGGAGACGGGAUUCGACGCGUCGCCAUACGUCGACGAGGAGGAAUACGCAGAAAGGAGGAUUCGGGGAAAGAACUACAAGAUUUUCUUCUGCAGCGGGAUCCCGGAGGACACCGAGUUCAAGCCGGUGGCCCGCAACGAGAUCCGCCGGAUCAAGUGGUUCGAGUUGUCGAAGUUGGAAAAGGACGCCAAACACGGCAAGUCGAAAACAAAGCUGUUUUUGAUCGAUACCAUGCUAAAGUCCAUUCUGGGCUAUGUCAGGCGUAUGAAGAGUGCAGAGAGCGAUGAGCAGUUGAAGAUUAAGGCAACGGCCCAGCUCAAACGGUUGCUUGGCAUCCAGCCUGCCGGCUCUGACUUCCGGCAGACCGAGCAGGUUCGGCCGGGCGGAGAAAAGACAUCUCCGGGCUCCAAACUUGCCACACAGUCCGCAGAUCCCGGCCGCGAAUUGCUCACAAUGCUCCAGAAAGCAUGCAACGGUCGGCCGGCUGCAAAUCCCGCCGACGCGACGGCUUCAGUCGAUCAUCAGUCGAUGCUUUCACAAAAUUCUCUCGGCUCACCUUUUUCUUCAAACAUGCCUAUAGAAUCUGCAGUUGGCCAGCUGCCGGCAACAACACUGCCUUUGCCGUUCUUCCCGCUUCCAUUCUUUAACCCAUUUGUGCCCCCAGCCUCUGUGCUGCCGGCCCAGUUCCCGGUGCCUCCGCUCCCGCCUGUCGCAAACGCCCGUGCACCACAAGCUGCAAACUACACCCGUGCACCAUUUUCUUCCGGAGAAAACAUCCAUGCACCAGCUGCACCGCCAUCCUCCGCCUUCAGCAGGCCAACCACCGGCCCCAAGCCGGUCAAUCCGGCCCGGAAGCUUCUGAUGAUGUUGAAGAGCACUCCGCAAGUUGGUCUCCAGAAAAAAAUCACUGUUUUAAAGAGACCGGCACGGGCAGGGAAGGCAGAAGAGCUUCCAGAACCUUCUCAGGGCACUUUCCCGGCACCUCAUGCCACCCAGAAGCCGACCGGGGCAUCACAGCUUCUCAACAUACUCAAAAAGAAGCCGGAACCGGCCGCACAGCCCGAAUCUCGGCCAGAAUGCCGACCGGAGUCCCAAUUGGGUGAUUCCAAACAUUUGGCCGCAGAAAAGCCAUCAGUAACAGCCAAACAGCUGCUCAACGAGAGACCAAAAAUGGGUGCAAACAAGGACCCAUCCUUGUACUUGCUUGGGCUUCUUAACAACAAGAAGGGAGCCAUUCCAAGUGCCAAAACUGCAGACAGUGAAAAAAAUCGCAGUUCGUCUUCUGGAUCGCCAACAGCAUCAAACGAGCUUCUAGGAAUAUUGAAGAAACGGCCUACGGGAGCGAAGAAGGAGGCGGGAUCGUCAAAUGAGCUCUUGAGUAUUCUUAAGAGACCGGUUGCAGAACAGGAGAAAAGCAACAAGGAGCCGAUAUUUAGACAAGAGAGUGCAGACAAGAAUUCCGGGGCCGCCGGGAACUCCGCGGGCUCGUUGUUGGCACUUUUGAAGAGACCAUCGAAGAAGGAGACGACUGGAGGAAAGAGCUUGCUCAAUAUUUUGAUGAAGCCAAAGGAGGAGGAGGGCGAAGAAGAGACAAUAGGAAAGGAGAAGCAGGAUGAGGGAGGAGAGGAAGAGGAAGAUAAAGAAGAAGAAGAAGGGGAAGAUAAUGAAGAAGGAGAGAAAGAUGAAGACAAUGAAGAAGGAGAGAAAGAUGAAGACAAUGAAGAAGCUGAUAACGAAGAAGCUGACUUCGACGACUUCGAUGACUUCGAUGAUAUUGAUGAUGUCGCCGAUUCUCACUCUCUAAGAGGCAGAAGUAUUAAGACCUACGUUGAUGAGGACGAUAUGUACUAA